AAUCAAUACAAAAACUCUCGAUCUUUCUUCUUCAUCUCUCUCUGAUUCUCUCUUCUGUGUCAUCAAAGUAAACACCCUAGACGGCCCAAAAACGCAAUACCAAACGGCGCGCAGAUGGACCCAGCAACGGAAGAAACAUCGGACAUGGCUAAAUCCGAGAAUCUCGGACUGUUUCUGAGGAUUCGGCCACUUCUGCAGAGUGGCGUCAGGGGAGAUCGGAACCCGAGAUUCCGAAGGAAGUCGGCGUUUGAACCUUGGUUUCAGAAGAUGUGCCUAAGGGUUAAAACUUCCCGGUCGGUGACGCUAUCACCACCACUGGCCUUGGAACGGGGCCGCACCAAGACAGAGGUAUAUGACGGCUUUUCACAAGUCUUCUCCCCUGAUUCCUCUCAGGAGGAGGUGUAUGAGAAGAUGAUGAGGCCACUGGUGGAGGAUUUUUUGAGGGGCAAAAGUGGGAUGCUUGCUGCAUUCGGGCCUAGUGGCUCUGGAAAGACUCAUACGAUUUUUGGUUGCAACAGCCAGUCCGGUAUGGUGCCGCUUGCACUUCAGCAGAUUUUCAAGGAGACUUCUGAUUCUACGAGGUCAUUGUUCAUAUCAAUCUUUGAAAUAAGAUGUGAGGGAGGCAAGGAGGAGAGGGUAUUUGAUUUAUCCCCCAAUGGAGUUGAUUUAACGAUGCAUCGAUCAACACUUAAAGGCCUACAUGAGGUCGUAAUUUCUGAUUGGAGACAUGGAGAGUUUGUAAUUUCUCAGGCACUACUCAGGCGUGCUACUAGUCCAACAAAUGCUAAUAGCCAAUCAAGCCGGUCGCAAUGUGUUAUUAACCUCCGUAUUGUUGAUGACAAGUCUAAUGGAGAGGUUAAUGAUCAAGCAAAUGAUGGUGUUCUUAUUAUUGUUGAUCUUGCUGGGGCUGAAAGAGAAAAAGGAACUGGGAAUCAGGGAGUAAGAUUGCUUGAAAGUAACUUCAUCAACAAAACAUCAAUGGUCUUUUGCUUGUGCUUGAGAUCUUUAUUGGAGCAUCAGAAGAAUCCAAUGAAGCCAUUGGAGAAGCACUUCCAGGACUCUUUGUUGACCAAGUACCUGAGAGAUUACAUGGAAGGCAAGAAAAGGAUGGCGUUGAUCUUAACAGUGAAAGCAGGCGGAGAAGAUUAUCACAAUACGUCUUGCCUGCUAAAACAAGCCACACCGUAUAUGGAGAUCAAGUUUAAUAAUGAACCAUCAAAGAGAAGGCUUUCUCCAAGCUUUGUUUUGAAGGGGUAUAAAGAAAAACUCGAGGUGGCAGAACAUGAAAUCCAGCACCUCAGAGAAAGCAACCUUGAGCUUGAAAAGGAGCUGAAGGAUCACAAGUCACAGAUUGAGGUACAGAGGUUGGAUGAUGAUCAGGUGGCACAAGAAAUCCAGCGCCUCAGAGAAAGCAACCUUGAGCUUGAAACGGAGCUGAAGUAUCUCAAGUCACUGAUUGAGGUAGAGAGGUUGGCGGAUGACCAGGUGGCAGAAGAAACCCAGCGCCUCAAAGAAAGCAACCUUGAGCCUGAAAAGGAGGUGAAGGAUCUCAAGUCACUGAUUGAUGUACAGAUUUCUGGUGAUGAUCAGUGGGAUGACUCAGUAGUUGAAGACCUGCCUAACAAGAAUGCUAUUUCCCCAUCGAAUGAGGACAAUGAUAGACUUGCUAGGAGAAGGAAAGGAAAGAAGUGGUCCUCUUUGGAAGAGGACACUUUGAGGGCUGGUGUUGAGCAAUAUGGAGUGGGCCGUUGGAAGUUGAUCUUGACCAGCAAUCGGGACAUCUUUGGAGAGAGGACACAGGUGGAUUUGAAAGACAAAUGGAGAAACUUGACACGACAGCACACGCACCAUUAGCUUGCUAGUUGGUUAUGAUCUUAGAUGUUUAGGGUUUAGCUUGCUAAUUGGUUGUGAUGUAGACAUUGUAACUCAUUCCAGUGGAUUCGAACAUUGCUGACAACUAAUUUGCAGAGAAUGUUUUUUUAACUCUAAAUCCUGUUCCAUGGUAAUUGAAAUGUAGUCGGCAAAUGAGAGUAAAGUAGAGUGCUGA